AUGCUAAUAUAUAUUUUGAUCGCGUUAGCAAGUAUAAUAUGUUAUUUUUGGUACUAUUAUUUGACAAGAACAUUUAACUAUUGGAAAUCAAGAAAUGUAGCCGGACCAAAACCGGUUCCACUGUUCGGUAAUUUACAAGAAUCUGCUUUGAGGAGAAAGAAUAUUGGAGUGGUUUUCCAUGAGAUUUAUGAUGCGUAUCCCAAUGAGAAAGUAGUCGGAGUGUUCAGGAUGACAACUCCAUGCUUACUACUUCGUGACCUUGAUGUGAUCAAACAUGUUCUGAUAAAGGAUUUCGACUACUUUUCUGAUCGAGGAGUUUCGUUCAGCGAGAAAGGCUUGGGAAAUAAUUUAUUCCAUUCUGACAGUGAUAAAUGGCGGGUAUUAAGGAAUCGAUUCACGCCAAUUUUCACCUCCGGAAAACUUAAGAAUAUGGUUUAUUUACUAAGCCAGCGGGCAACUAAGUUCAUCGAGUUUGUCGAUGACAUUUGUCAGAAGCAAAAAGAACAUGAAGUACACUCUUUAAUUCAAAAGUACACAAUGGCGACAAUCUCAGCAUGUGCAUUUGGCUUGGACGUCGAUACAAUUAGUGAUACUCAUAAUUCCGUUUUCACAAAGAUCGAUAAGAUUAUGUUCACACCGACAUAUAUUGAUGAGUUAGACAUGAUGUAUCCCGGAGUUUUGAGAAAAUUAAAUAUCGAGCCUUUUCCCGAAGAAGUGCAGGACUUCUUUGAGCAACUAGUUAAAACCGUUAUAGAUCAGAGAAAUGGUAAACCAACAAAUAGAAAAGAUUUUAUGGACUUGAUUUUGGAAUUGAGGGAAGAACGAAAAAUCCAAGGUCCAAAGAGAACCGAGGAGGAAAAUGAAAUGGCUUUAGAAUUAACAGAUGAUAUAAUUGCUGCACAGGCUUUUUUAUUUUAUGCAGCUGGGUAUGAAACGACUGCUUGCACAAUGGCUUUCAUGUUGUAUGCAUUAGCGAAAAAUCCCGACGUUCAAAAUAAAGUGAUCGCUGAAGUAGACAGAGUACUCGCAAAAUACGACGACAAGCUAUCAUUUGAAGCUCUAAACGAUUUGAAAUAUAUGGAAAAAGUAUUCUAUGAGACUCUAAGGUUUUAUCCCUUAGUUGAGCCAUUACAAAGGAACGCAAAAAGGGAUUACAAGAUCCCCGGGAUGAAUGUGACGGUGAGAAAGGGUCAAAUGGUACUCAUAUCACCUUUAGGCAUCCAGCACGAUGAAAAGUAUUUCCCAAACCCGGAAAAAUUUGAUCCCGAAAGAUUUUCUUCUGAAAAUUCAAGUGGCCGCCAUAUCUGUGCAUACCUAUCAUUUGGAACUGGUCCCCGGAGUUGCAUGGGUAUGCGGUUUGCUAAAUUACAAGCAUUGGUUUGUUUAGCGAAGUUCUUUUCAAAAUUUCGAGUUGAAGCAUCAAAAAGAACCUUGCCCGCCAUGAGGUUCGUUCCUCGACGAUUCCUUGUGGCUGCCGAAGGUGGAAUUUAUUUGAAUAUCAUACCGAGGGAUAUUUGA